AUGGCAUCGCAUGGUGUCAUGGCGACGUCGCAUGACGCCACCGCUGCUGGCGCUCCACCCCGCCAGCCCUCUCUGCCCCUCGCACCCGCGAAUUCCCCUCUGCGCUCCUCCCACGCGGCCGCUGCCGCUUCCGGCGCAGCCCGCACUUUCUCCCCCCCGCUCUCCGCGCGCCACUCCGCGCCCCACCAUGCGCGCCACCCGCCUCCCCCCAGUAACCUUCCGCAGCUCUCGCGCGCCUCCUCCUCCGUCUCCUCCUCGCUCCCGCGCUCCGCGCUCUCCUCCCCCGCGUCCUCCGCGCUGCACCUCCCCGCCAUCCCCUCGCUGCAGUCCCUCCCCUCGCUCCGCUCCCUCUCCUCCUUCUCCUCCGCGCACACCUGCGCGGGCUGCUCCUGCGCGGGGUGCGCGGGGGGCAGCGCGGCGGGGGGCACGCGGAGCCCGUCGGACGGGGGGGAGGUGCGCUGGUACUUCAGCAAGGGGCACUUAGUCAAGGGCGCGGUGGCAGCAGCGGUGCCGCACGCCAUAGUGGCCUCCUCGGCUGACUUUCUGCGCUUCAGUGCACGCGACUCACACGCCCUCGAGACUGCCUUCCGCCAGGUGACUGCCUUCCGCCAGGUGACUGCCUUCCGCCAGCGCGAGGAGGAGCUGCUCACGCUGUGGUGGAAGGAGUAUGCCGACGCCGCAGUGGGGCCCGCGCCAGGUGGCGUGCCGCCAUUGGUGGACCUGGGUCGGAGGCGGUCGUAUGCGGUGUACUGGGAGGGGGAGGACCGCCGCGUGCUGCGAGGGCUGUGGUUCGGCAAGGGGAAGGCGCAGCUGACGUGGCAGCCUCUGAGGGAGGACGUGGCAGAACAGCUGGAGGAGGCCUACAGGAAGCGGGUGAGCAGGAAGGGGAGAGCGGGAGAUAAGGGAGGGAGGGGAGAGGAUGGAAUCAAGCUCAUUCCAUCCCUCUUAUUAUUUGUCACUCGCUCUCUUGCCUCCCUGCUUCCUGACCCCUCUUCCCACCGCUUUCAACCCUUCCAUCUGCUUGUCUCCCCCUGCGUGGCAGGUGUGGCGGCGGAGGUGGUUCCAGCCGUCAGGGCUGGAGUGAGCGCACUGUUCACGGGGGACGACAGCAGCUGGCAAGCGCAGCUGUUGGUGGAAGGAACGCUGCUCUUCUCCUCGCCGCUGCACGCCAUGGCCCUGCGCAGAGGCUUCCUGCCUCCUGCCUCCACCGCCGCCGCUCAGCAGGAGGACGAGCAGCAGGUGAAGGAGGAGGAGCUGGACGACUACUGCUCCAUGGUGCCGGUGCAGCACGUGGUGUUCAUGGUGCACGGGGUGGGGCAGCGCCUGGAGUCGGCGCACCUGGUGGAUGACGUCACUGCCUUCCGCCACCACGCCGCGCAGCUCAGCCACUCGCACCUCACCGCCCACCAGCGCCUGCAGCAGCGCUGCCUCUUCAUCCCCUGCCAGGUGCCCCCCUCUCCCUGCCAGUGGAGGAGGGGUAUGGCAUUGGCAUCAGAGGCGGUGGUGGAGGGCAUAACGCUGGAGGGCGUGAGGGCGCUGAGGGACGCCGUGAGCGCCACGCUGACCUCCUCACUCAACCGCCUGUACCGCAAGUUCAAGAGGCGCAAUCCGCUCUUCAGCGGGCGCGUGUCGGUCUUUGGCCACUCGCUGGGCUCCGUGCUGCUCCACGACAUCCUCUGCCACCAGCCGCCCCUCCCGCCCCUGCUGCCCCUGCUGCCGCCGCCGCUGCCCCACUCGCUGCUUCCGCCGCCGCUGCUGGCAGAUGGUAGAGGCCUGGGAACGAUGCAGCGAGGCAUGGGGAAGGCAGGGGACGAUGGGGGAUGGGAGGAUGGGGAGGGGUGGAGUGAAAGUGAGGGUGCAGAAUCGCCUGUGGCUGUCUCUGUGCCUGACCCAUCCAUGGUUCCUGCACGUGGUGGGAAUCUGCUUGCACUUGCUCCUGAACGCCUUCCUGCUGCACUCGAACCUGUGUCACCUGCACCGGAGCCUGAACCUGCACUUGAGUUUGUAUCUGACGUUGCACCGGCACCUGUGGCUGUGGCUGUGCCCGAGCCAGCAGCACCACCUGAAGCAUGUGGAGACGCGCCUGUGCCCCUAGAUGGGUGCACACCUGUUUCGCUACGGCCUCUCCCUGCCUCCACCGCUGCCAGCCCGGCCGUGCCUCAAAGCCCCACGCACAGUGGCAGGGAUGGCAGCAGCCACUGGGGGGAUGCGUGCAUGCAGGUUGCAAACCGGGCAAUGGACAGUGGAGGAGUGAAAGGGGUCGAGGCGAAAGCAGAAGCGGAGGGGGAGGGUGGUGCAGUGGGGGAGCAGGGAACGGGCUGGGAGGAGGGGGAGCGAGUGCAGGGAGGGGGUGGGAGUGAUGGGCAAUCAGAAGCAGGUGUGGGGGUAGGGCCGAACACAGAGACAGCAGAGCAGUUGUGGCACAAGCUGGGCGAGCUGCAGAGGGAGGUGGACGCGUGGCGGGCCGCCUUCCACCACCUCGCCUCCUCGCUCCCGCACGUGCCGGCUGCCCGCCCUGCAUCCCCCUCGCCAUGCGCCCACCACACUGCUCCCCCAUGCCAUCGCGCCUCUCCUCCGUCCCGCGCCUCUCAGCCCCUGCACGCCCCUGCUUCCACCCUCCCUCUCUUCGCUCUGCCACCCGCCCCUCCCCCUCUCCUCCUCCCAACGCCACCAGCACCACCAGCACCAUCAGCACCAUUGCCUGCGUGUCCUCCCACCAGUCAAGCCACCAGCCCUGCCACUCCGCCUGUGCAGCCCGCCUCGCCCGCUCUGCCAUCCACCCCUCCCCACUGCCCCUCCAGCAGCCCCUCCUUGAGCGUUCCUUCUCGUGCCUCUGCCAGCUCUCUUGAUGCUGCCCCUGCCGGCAAUGUAUGCGUGGUGGGCUGUGGUGACACACUGAAGGGGGACGGGGCACAGGGGUGUGAAGCUCGCAUGGGGCGAGGGGCGGAUGCGGCGGCGAGGGACGAGGGUGGGGAAGGAGUGGGUGGAGCAGUGGGGCAGGCACUGUCUGGGGCAGAGCCAGAGGCAGGGGGGGUGGUGGAGGUGGCGAGUGGUGGCGGUGGAGUGGGAGGCUAUGGGGGAUGCAGUGAGGGUUGCGAGGGACGCAGGGACCGUGAUGAGAGGAGCAGGGAGGGCAGUGAGGAAUGUGGGCGUGACGAGGAGGGUAGUGAGUGUGGUGUGACAUGCGCACAAGUAACAGUGGUGCCAGCGAUAGAGGGGGGUGGUGGGCGAUGUCCGGGGGAGGGGCGUGGGGAAGGCAGUGGGGAAGGGCGAGAGCAUAGGGGAGAGGGGCUGCAUGGGGAUGCGCUAUCUCAUAGGGAUGCGCUGUCUCAUGGGGAUGCGCUGUCUCAUGGGGAUGCGUUGUCUCAUGGGGAUGCGCUGUCUCAUGGGGAUGCGCUGUCUCAUGGGGAUGCGCUGUCUCAUGGGGAUGCGCUGUCUCAUGGGGAUGCGCUGUCUCAUGGGGAUGCACUCACUUAUGGGGAUGCGGUGGUUAGCUGUAGGUUGGAGUGGAAGGAGGGAGAGGGCAGUGCAGAGGGCAGUGUGGAGGGCAGUGGGGAAGGGAUGGGUGGUGCAGCUGGUGCUGUGGGGAGUGGUGGAGAGGCACGGCUGGGUUGGGGAGACACGCGUGACGGCGGGGAAGAGGAGGGGGGAAGAAUGGGGAGGGAGUCGCUGGGAGAGGAUAGAAGAGCGGUGGCGGAUGGGGGGACAACUGGAGAGGGGUUGGCGUGGAGUGUAAUUGAGACACUUGGGGAUUCAAACGGGAGAGAAGGGCAUGUGGGGGAAGAAGGGCAUGUGGGGGAAGAAGGGCAUCUGGGGGAAGAAGGGCAUGUGGGGGAAGAAGGGCAUGUGGGGGAAGAAGGGUAUGUGGGGGAAGAAGGGGCACAUGUGAAGGACGGGGUGGGCGAGAGAGGGGGGGAGAGAGCAGAGAGUCUUGGCGAGGGGGUUGCUGCAGGGAUGGGAACAGGGAGGAGCGCAGCAGGAGCAGCAGGGGGAAAGGGCGGCUUUCGGGCACAAGGGAGAGGCGGCUUUCGGGCACAAGGGAGAGGCGGCUUUCGGGCACAAGGGAGAGGCGGCGGCAGAGCAGCAUCACCGCGCGCACCGCCGCGGCAGCAUGCGCCGUCUAUACGCUACGGCCGCCUGCUCUUCCCCGUGCACACAUUCUUCGCUGUGGGGUCGCCUCUCGGCCUCUUCCUCGCUCUGCGCAACAUUCGCCUCGGCGAUGGUGCAGGCGGUGACAGCGCGCAGUACUGGGGCAUGGAGGGAGUGCAGGAGGAGCUGCCGGCGUGCCGCCAUGUGCUCAACAUCUUCCACCCCCACGACCCCGUUGCCUACCGGUCAGUUCCCCACCGCCCCCUCGCCUACCCAUUGGAGCCAUUGGUAUCACCGCAGCUGGCGCAAGUUCCUCCGGUGCUCAUGCCGUACUACCGCGGUCACUACCGCACGCACAUUGUAGUCAAGCGAUUCUUCCAGCAGCUGAGGGACAGCCUGAGAUGGCUGUACCGUGCACUGGUUUCACCGCUGCAAUAUGUGCUGGUGAGUCAUGGGAGGUGCUGUGAUGCAAUGUGGGGCAGUGAAGCAGUGUGGGGCAGUGAGAGGCUAUUUGAGGCGGUGAGAGGCUAUGUGAGGGGGCACAAUCCUGGUGCAGUGCUGUGA